AUGUUGUUUUGGAAUACGCUACGGAAGCAACAGCCAGCAAGUUACACCUGCUGGAUUUGUCUAGAAGAAGAAGUUGUAACAGAUAAAAGCGUUCGUUUUAAAUGGAUCAAACAUUCAUGUGGUUGCAAUUUAGAAAUUCACAAAAUUUGUUAUUUAAAAUAUUUAAACAAUAUGAUGGAGAAAUCUUACAUAGAAGAAAUCCACUUCGACGGAGGGAUGAGAGGUCCAAAUGUCACUAUAUAUGAUUUGAACAGAAUUCAUCUGUUCGAUGUCAUAGAUACCAAUAAAAGAAUUUCUCAAGAAUCGAAUGUUUUAUUAGACAUUUUCCCAAAAUCCGUUAGGCGAUUAAUAUCUAUAUAUCUACAAAUGAUCAAAUUACCAUUUUUAUUACUGGGUCCUAAUCCCUUUGAAGGUAUUUUGAGUGAAACAUUUCAAGGCAACAUUCAUACUUUAACAAAUAUUCCUUCAAAAAAGUGCCCUCAAUGUAAGAAAAACUUUAUUCCUUUAAACACAACAUAUUUAAGAAAAUCCUCAACUAUUCUAUCUAUUUAUUUUAAAAUUCAAGAUGUGAUCCAACAUUUGAUUCCGUUAGGGCUAGGACUAUCAGUUCUGACUAAUCCAUCUAAAUUACUAUUGAAAUUGGGCCUGUAUCAGUUAAGGACCCUCUUCCCAGAAUCUAUAUUGAGGACGAUAUUAAACAUUAGUUCAACUAAGGCGCUUGACGUAUAUAGUGAGACAUUUAAUGGUAUUCAUAGUAUAUCGAGAUUCAAUAAGUUCUUAAUAAUGGGAUUCCCCUGUUAUAUUCUAAGUCUGGUAAAAAACCAAAGUACAAUGUUCGAGUUCUCAGGGUUACUACUAGACGAUUUUGAGUUAAUGUAUCCAUUUUUAUUUAUGCUACAUCUCAGGUCUUAUGAAGGAGCUCCUACAUCUACGAUUUCUUUAAUAUCCAACUGUGUCCUAAUAUCCAAAAUAAUGCUUUAUCUAUAUAGAGGUAUUGUUAAACCUUGUUACAAGAAGAGCUUUUUUAACAAGUGGUUAUCGCAAAAUAAUGUCACACCACAAGCAUAUUUUAGAGAACAUCAGCAACAAACCAACAAAGAUUUGGCGAACCAAUCAGUAGGAAUAACAGCACGAUUAAUCUUCGACUACUAUUGCAGUUUGACCACGUAUUGUGAUGAACUAGCAAGAGCAUCAAUAAUUUGGCCCACAAUUUCUAAAUUAUUUUCAAAUGUGAUCCUUGAUAAGUUGGCACCAUCAUUAAACAUCUUACCGGUAGGUUGGCUGAAAGAUAUUUCUCCAGAUGAAAUAAAAAUGUGUUUAAAUUUUACAAGUUAUGGUCUAGUCGGAUCAUUCUAUUUUCUAACAAGUGGUUGGUUAGCCAAACAACGAAUAAAUGAGAUUGGUAAAUUGAAUGAACUUGUUGAUAGAGUCCUUGAAGAUUCUGAGGAUGAUACUGACAUUUCUCUAUAA